AAGAGAACGAAUUCCCCGUUACGUCACUUUUUUGGGCAGAUAAAUACGCACUUGUCCCCAGGCUGGUUCAAAAAAAGGCAAAAGCAGUAAAAAGGGCGCAUAAUAAGAGAACGAAUUCCCCGUUACGUCACUUUUUUGGGCAGAUAAAUACGCACUUGUCCCCAGGCUGGUUCAAAAAAAGCUUACAAAAACCCUCUGAGACAUGGAGCCCAAUUGGAGCAUGGCAUUGCAUUCUUAAACGAUAAGAAUGAAAUUUAAAGAAGCAGAAUAAGAUCAAGAAUAUGAUAUGACAUUGAAAGCUUCUUUGGUCGUAAACAUUCUCAAACAAGGAUAAAGAAAAAAGUUCAAAUUCCUGUUUCCGUAAAUGUGUUCAGUGUUAUCUACCAUGAGAUCGGCAGUAGCCAUUGUACCGCUUUAUUCCAGAACACUUAUUAUGCCAAUGCCACUUUUCUAUUCCUCUUUCUGUUCCACUUUAUUCUCAGCACAUUUGAAGAAGAAUAUUCGAAUUCGACCAUUUCAUUUAUCAAGAAGAACGAUGCACUCCUCAGCUGCCGCUCGUCAUUCCGCUAAUUCACGCAGACACAAAGGUUAUAUGUUGAAUCAGGUAGUCGAUAAAAUGGAGGGUACUGUCCAAAGCAGUGAUGCAUUAUUUGAGCACCAACAAGUGGCAAGUCAUUUUGGUCAGAAGUUUCCUAUUUGGACAUCACAAGAAUCUGGUCAUAAUAUUGAUAUGAGAAAACGAAUAUUUUGUAACCGAUCUCUUAACAUGAAGAGCAUUGUAGCAAUUGGUUUUGACAUGGACUAUACACUUGCACAAUAUAAGCCUGAAACAUUUGAAACAUUGACGUAUAAUGGUACAGUUAAUAAGCUUGUCUAUGACUUGGGAUAUCCUGAAGAGGUUUGUUAUUCACUUCCUUCAGCUCUUACUUAGGUUGCAUAAAUGAAAUUCACUUCUUCAUUUUGAAACA